AUGGAGAAUAAGCCGAACAUUGCGAUGCUACAUCUUCUAAUCAUUCUCUUUCUAUUCCUAUCAAGAAGCCAUGUGAUGGUUAAAGCUGUGGAAACUCCAUCUCCAGCCCCAUUGCCUCAGCCCUUAGGCUUUCUCCCCUUGAAUGUGGAGGAAGAUGUUCAUACAGAUGCUCAAAAACAGCAUUCAAGAAGCCAUGCAUGUUCUUCUGUCAGAAAUGUUGUGCAACUUGCCUUUGUGUUCCUGCAGGCACUUAUGGCAACAAGCAAUCUUGCCCUUGUUACAAUAACUGGAAGACCAAACGAGGCGGUCCUAAAUGCCCUUGAUUUUGAUUAUUUAUACUAG